ACACUAUGCCUGCAGAGAUAAUGUCACUAGAUCUAUGUUAUACGUGUCUUCUUAUUUUAUACAGCGAGUGUUCAGCAAAGAAUAAUUAUUGGAUAUUGUACUGUAUAGCAAAUAGGACCAGUGACACCCUUUAAGGCGUUUCCAUUAGUUAAGGCGCCGAGGACAGCGCAGUGUGUGGGCAAGGGCUGCUGCUCUCAGCGCUGAGGUCCUGCCGAUGCCGGUGCUGCAGCUGCUGGAGCGUGGACCAUGCCGACUGUCUCAGUGAAAAGAGACCUGCUGUACCAGGCCCUGGGCCGGACCUAUACUGAUGAAGAGUUUGAUGAGCUUUGCUUUGAGUUUGGCCUAGAAUUAGAUGAGAUAACCUCUGAGAAGGAAAUCAUCAGCAAGGAGAAAGGCGAUGGGAAAGCAGAUGAGGCGUCCGAUGUCGUCCUGUUCAAGAUUGAUGUCCCUGCCAACCGCUAUGAUCUCCUGUGUCUGGAGGGGCUGGUGCGUGGGCUGCAAGUCUUUAAAGAAAGGAUAGCUGCUCCCAGAUAUAAACGGAUUACUCCGGCUGACAGUCGGUUACAAAGAAUGUUUAUCACAGAGGAGACUGCAGCAGUACGUCCCUAUGCAGUGGCUGCUGUGCUCCGGGACAUAACAUUCACACAGAACCGAUAUGAGAACUUCAUAGAUCUGCAAGAAAAACUUCACCAGAACAUUUGCAGGAGGAGGACACUGGUAGCAAUUGGCACCCAUGAUCUCGACACAAUCACUGGACCAUUUAUCUACACUGCAAAACCACCAUCCAGCAUCAAAUUCAGGCCGCUGAACCAAAAAAGAGAGUACACCGCACCAGAGGUGAUGGAACUGUACAGGACUGACAGCCAUCUCAAACACUUUCUGCACAUCAUUGAGGAUAAACCAGUGUAUCCUGUGAUCUAUGACAGUAAUGGGGUACUGCUCUCCAUGCCACCGAUUAUCAAUGGGGAUCACACAAAAAUCAGCUUGAAGACCCGCAAUGUCUUCAUAGAGUGCACCGCUACAGACUUGACGAAGGCUAAAAUAGUCUUGGAUAUUAUGGUCACUAUGUUCAGCGAGUACUGCAAGGAGCCAUUCACUGUUGAGGCUGCUGAAGUCAUUUACCCGGAUGGAAAGAGUUGUUUCUACCCUGAGCUGGCAUACAGAACAGAAACACUCUCUGCUGAGAAAAUGAACAGUAAAAUUGGAAUCCGGGAGACACCGACUAACCUGGCCAAGCUGCUUACCCGAAUGUGUCUGAAAUCACAUGUACUGGAAGACAAAGAGCAAAUCGAGAUUGAGAUUCCUCCAACAAGAGCUGACAUCAUUCAUGCCUGUGACAUUGUAGAAGAUGCAGCUGUAGCCUUCGGUUUCAAUAACAUCCCAAUGACCAUCCCUAAAACGUACACCAUCGCUAACCAGUUUCCAAUAAAUAAGCUGACAGAAUUGUUGCGUCAGGACCUGGCCGCAGCAGGAUUCACAGAAGCCCUGACAUUUGCCUUGUGCUCGAUUGAUGAUAUUGCUGAUAAACUGGGAGUCCCUGUUUCCUCCACUAAUGCAGCGCACAUUGCAAAUCCCAAGACUGCAGAGUUCCAGGUGGCUCGCACAACCUUACUGCCCGGCUUACUGAAGACCAUAGCUGCCAACCGCAAGAUGCCUCUUCCCAUAAAACUGUUUGAGAUCUCUGAUGUGGUAACAAAGGACCCCUCUCGAGAUGUUGGUGCACGGAACCACCGACACCUUUGCGCUGUGUACUACAACAAGAAUCCAGGCUUCGAGGUGAUCCAUGGCCUGCUGGACCGCAUCAUGCAGCUGUUGGACGUGUGCCCUGGUGGAGAGAGAGGCUACCAGAUCAAGGCUGCCUCCGAUCCAGCUUUCUUUCCUGGUCGCUGUGCUGAAAUCCUGGCUGAUGCCAAGUCCAUAGGCAAAUUGGGUGUCCUACACCCUGACGUUAUCACAAAGUUUGACCUGACCAUGCCCUGUUCUGCUCUGGAAAUAAAUGUGGAGCCUUUCUUGUGAUAGUCUCAGCUGGGGGAACAUCGCUAUUAUUCAGACAAAUGUUUGUGUUUUGUUUGUUUUUUUAAUAAUUUCUGCAAAAUUACAGAGCUGCAUCUUUCCAGCGAUAUUACAUAGGAUGAAUUUGGCCAGAGAUGUAUUGAAAAGCAUUACUAAUUCACCUAACACCUGCCUGUCACUUCAUGCUCUAGGUUACAGCAGAUUAAGUCUGUGCUGUUCUGCAGAGCAAUUAUAGCAAUGUCACAGUCUGUACUCUUCCUUUUAUUUUUGUGGGGCCUACACCUUACAUCACUUAUCACUGUCACACAGGUGCACCUAGUAUCAUCAGUCCUAUCGCAAAUAAGUUUUAUUUGAACCAAACAGUUAUACAAUGUGGUGUAUUUAUUGAUUAACAUAAGGUUUCCAGUGUAAAAGGAUAACUGUAGUCCUUGUCAUAACCCACAGUAUCUAUGCGGCUCCUUCAGGUGCAGUAGUUCUUGCUGCAUGCAAUUCUGAAUAUAUGCUAAUAUGGGCAGAAGUAAACCUGAGUAGUCCCAUCAUUUUUGUCCAACAGCAUAUAAUUGCUGAUACAUUGGUACCAUUGUUGCAAAUUGGAACAUGUCUUGAGUGCCUCUGAAGAUGCGCAGGCUGCGCUGCUCUCCAGGGCCACUGAGGGCUCACCAGUAGCAAGUAAAAUCGCAACUGUUAAUUUGCUCGCCCAGAAAAUGCCAUCUGAAUGGCUGUGCCAUGCUUGCGUUUACCCAACCACUCCACACUACCACCCUCAAAGGAUGUCUUCCUGUCACUCACCUUGCGCCUAAUUCCUUGAUGCGACUGUAGUCGCAAAUCACUUGCUGCGUGUGUGCCCUGUGGUUCAGACACGUGUAGUAAGAAAACAUUGACCAAUGUGCAUACAGUAGCUGCUCUGCAACUGCACCUGAAUGAGCCUCUGUUACAGCUGUGGAUAAGCAUUUAUAUGUUACAAACUCUGGACUUGUACAUACAACUUUUUCUUUAGGUCUGUGGUACACAUCCACUGAGUGAUGAACUCCGCUACACCAGCUCAUCAAGAAGGGUCCAUUGUAUGCAGCUGGAUAGAUUGUGCAUACAUGAUGUCUGGUCUUCACGGUGAAGCCUUGUGUCCUGCUGGUGCGUUCUUUGUGGGGUUUAAAGAACCUUAUGCAAAGUGUUGAGAAAGCAGUUGCUGGACAUACCAUGAUUGUAUGUAGAUCGCUAUGUGUGCGAGCCCUCAACCCAGAAAUCUUAACUUAAAAUCCUGGCCAUUUGUUUUUAAAUAAACUGCCUUAUUAGGGCUAUUCAUCACUUUCAUUAGUCCUGAA